AUGUUCAUUACAAACAACCAAUCAAAUAGCCAUGAAAAAGAAAGCCAAUCAAAAGUUGAAUGCACGGAUGACCGAGUCAGUGUGUUAUGUUGUUACGUCUCAGCUGUGCGCGCGCGCAUAGAAGGUCUAGUUCGUAGCCGUUCGAGGCGUAUCGGCUCUGUUCGGCCGGUAGAGCGAGAAGACGGUGAGCGACAAGUGGGGCGCGAGCGUCGACCGGGGGCAGCGUGCGGCCUUGACUCUUAUGUACCGCCCUCCCCCUGCCCUCCUUCAACGUUCACCGCCGCCACAUUAUUUAUGAUAGCAUCUGAGCUCAAAGCAAGCUCGCGAUUCUCUACCAGC